CACCAGCGACUUGGCUGCAGCACUUCAGCGGCGGAACAGCAGCUGGACAGUUGACCCAGCAGCUAUUGCGCAGCACUGCGAGUAUGCUGGGUCGCGCUUCAACGCGAGCUAUGCCGGCGCACCAGCGUGUGCUCGCUACCUCGCGUCGGAAGCAUUCUACGUCCCCAGCUCGCAGCGGCCCCCCUCGGGCCGACUGCUGUUCCACAUGUUUUGGAGCGGCCCCUUCACAGAGGCGAUGCUGCUCUCCGUUCGCUCCUUCCUGUUCACGCAAGUGGCGCCAGUGGCAGCGGCCACACCUGCGCCGGGGCCAGCGUCUGCGGCCGCAACAGAAGGCGGCGAAAGCGCGGGGCCUGCUGGGGAACACAGCCGCCGCCGGAGGCUGCACAGCAGUAAACUAGGAGAGCAGCAGAAGCAGAAGCAAUGGCGGCGGCGGCAGCAGCAAGCGGGCCCUCAGCCGCCACCCGCGCCGCCGGAGCCCGCAGAGCUCUGGGUGUGGCUGGACCCCCAGUCGCAGCUGGCGGCGGACGGCAGUAGCAGCGGCAGUGGCAGUAGCAGUGGCAGCAGCAGUAGCAGUAGCAGUAGCAGGUACGGCGGCAGCGGCAGUAGCAGUAGUAGGUAUGGCAGCAGCAGCGGCAGUAGCAGGGCACUGUACAGUGCCGAGGAUCUGGAUCCAGAUAUGGACUUGCCCUUCCAACUGGUCAAUGGGAGGUCGGGGCGCGGGCGGCUGCCCAGGGCUCUCAACUGCUCCUGCGUCCGCUUCAAGCUGUACGAUCUACCGCUGCUGCUGUCCCAGCUCCCCCCCGACCUCCUGCCGCCCUCCCUGCACGCCGCCGCGGCCGCCGCCGGAGAGCCCAUGCACAGCGUGCUGUGGCGCCUCCUCGCCCGCGCCCGCGACCGCGCGCGCCGCCAGCAGCAGGCGGCUGGUGGCGGCGGCGGCGCCGCCGCCGCCGCCGGCGGGAGCAUCAGCGGCGGCGGGCGCGGCGGCAGUGAUGCGGCGCGCUUCCUGCUGUUGUACUUGUACGGGGGCGUCUACAUGGAUGCCGAUGUGCUGUUGCUUCGCGACCUGCGGCCGCUGCGGCUCGCCGACUGGUCCUACCGCUGGUCGGCCCAGCCACACUGCAACACGGCGCUCAUGCACGGCCGCCGCGGGAGUGCCGUGCUGGGGGGCGUGCUGCGGGCGGCGGCGGGCAGGGCGUUCGCAGCCAAGCCGCCUGGCGGGGGAGGCAGGGGUGAGGGUGGGGUUGGAGGUGGAGUUGGAGAUGGGGUUGGAGGUGGGGGAGGAGAGGAGCGCGGGGAGGGGGGAAGGGGCGGAGGCAAGGAGACGGGGGAGGAGGAAGAGGAGGAAGAGGAGGAAGAGGAGGGGGAGGAGGGUCUUGCAGCUCCGCAGCAGGAGCGGGAGCAGCCGCACGGAGGGCGGCUUCAGGGGCAGGAGCAGGGGCAGGAGCAGGGGCAGUCUGGACACACGCAGAGGCGGAGGCGGAGGCGCAGAAGGGAGCUGCUGGGAGUCGGCGGUGGCGAGGCGGAUGAUGGAGCUGCCGGUGCUGCUGCUGCUGCAGUGGAGGCGGCGGCGGUGGCGGGGCCGGGGGUGCGUCCGCUGCACCACCUCAGUCGGGGCUGGGCGGCGGCCUUCCAUCCGCGCCGCGUGUGCCCCCAGCCCGACGCCACCACUCGCUUUGGAGACGACACGCUGAUGGUCUUCCCGGCACAGCUGUUCGACGUGUCGUGGCUGCGCCACGACGGCUUCGCCCCCGGCGGCUGGGAGGGGCUGCCCGUGUAUGAGUCCUUCUUCCGGGCGCCGUCAAACUCAACGUCCGCGGGCACCAGCACCGGCGGCGCGCCGACUGGGCGGCGGCGCAGGCGGCAGCAGCGGCAGGAGCAGGAGCAGCGGCGCCGUGAGGAGGGUGGCGGCGGCGCCGCGGCCACCGCCGCCGCCGCGGCGGGCUCGGGGCAGUACCCGGGCCCGAACGCGACCGUGCAGGAGUUUGGGUUAGGCGGCUUGCUGGCCUUCCAUUGGCAUAACCAGUGGCACGCGCGGCCGCAGCCCGGCUCCUGGGCCGCGCUGUUCGACUCCGCCAUGAGCGCGUUUGAGCGGGGCAACGGGACCAGCAUGUACGGCGAGCGGUACGGCGACGCGGCGGCGGCGUGUACGGCAGCGCGGACGGCGGCGGGGGGCCGGUGGCGGCCGUAGCUCGUGUGGAUGCAAUGGAAUGGAGCCAGGAGUAAGCGUUCGUGUCUCAGACGGUGCGCUCAGGCGCAUGCAGAAGCAUGCAGGAAGGGAGCGUCGACAGGACUCGCAUGCGAUGGGAAGAUGGGGCUAUGUGCUGGAGAGGCGGAGAGCCAAUCGUCUGUUGCUUUCCCAUAGUC